AUGUCUAUUAUAAAUGAGUCCAUCUGGGCUGCCAGCCCCUCCACCACCAGGGGUCAGCCCACUCAGCUUUCUGCGGACGCCAAGGGCGAACGGAUUGCAUAUGCGGCAAUCAAAUCGGUUUUCCUCCGCUCGAUUGACAACCCCGCCAUCGCCAGGCAGUACACCGAACAUAAGACGCAGACCACUGUUGCCCGCUUCUCACCCUCGGGCUUCUAUGUUGCCAGUGGUGAUGCCAGUGGUAUAGUGAGAGUCUGGGACUGUGUUGGAGAGGGUAUCACCAAGGGCGAAUACAGCAUUGUGAAUGGCCGGAUCAAUGAUCUUGCCUGGGAUGGCGAUUCCCAGCGCAUCAUUGCCGUCGGUGAUGGAAAGCAGCGCUACGGCCACUGCAUUACUUGGGAUAGUGGUAAUACUGUCGGAGAGAUCUAUGGCCACACCCAACAGAUCAAUUCCGUUUCGAUCAGGCAGCAAAGGCCAUUGCGGGCCGCUGCUGCCGGUGACGACAAGAACCUAGUCUUCUACCACGGUGCACCAUUCAAGUUCAACACGGGAAUCCGGGAUAAGCACACCAACUAUAUCUAUGGAGUCGGCUUCAGCCCGGACGGCUCGACAUUGGUCAGUGUUGGCGCGGACCGCAAGAUCUGGCUGUACGAUGGCAAGACGGGAGAAGUCAGAGGCCAGAUUGGCGAAGGAGAGCACAACGGCAGCAUUUUCGGCCUUUCGUGGUCUAAGGACUCGCGGAAGUUUGCGACAGCCAGCGCAGACAAGACUGUCAAGAUUUGGGACGUGGAAGCGGGCAAGGUUACCCAGAGUUGGAAUAUGGGAGAGGAAGGAGCUGCGAAUGUUAAGGACCAGCAGGUCGGAGUGGUCUGGCCUCAGGGAAGAAGCGAUGGCCUGCUGAUCAGUCUUUCGUUGAGCGGCGACCUUAAUUACCUAGUUGAAGGCACCCCGAAGCCCAGACAGGUCGUCCAGGGACACCAGAAGAACAUCACGUCCUUGACCCAGUCUCGCUCUGGCAGCGAUGCUGAGACCCUGUGGACUGGAAGUUUUGACGGCCGGGUCUGCAGCUGGGAUGUUCCCACUGGGGCUGCGGAAGAAAUGGAAGGUGACAGCCACACGACCUAUAUUGCAGGUCUCGCGCCUACACAGGAAGGCAAUGGUCGGAUCUACAGCGUCGCCUGGGACGACACCAUUCGCUCCGUGGAUAUAGGUGCCAAGACCUAUACCGGAAUCUCUUCUAAGCUGUCGGGACAGCCCAAGGGCGUUGCAGCCGCAAAUGACUUGGUGUUAGUGGGAGCGUCGGAGAGCGUUGAGAUCUACAAGGACGGACAGAAGACUGGCGACUUCAAGCCUGAUUUCCCCGUCACUGCGGUUGCGGCUCAUGGCAACGUUGCAGCUGUCGGAGGUGAAAAUGCGACCGUACAGAUCUUGGAUAUUGCGGCCUCGAGCCUUUCCCCCAAGACUACCAUCAAGGCUACGCGGAAUGCGGUGUCUGCCUUGUCUUUCUCAUCCGACGGAUCUCUCCUGGCCGUGGGCGACUCUCGGGGUCGCAUCCUUGUUUACAAGGUCGCAGACGGUAGCCUUGUUACGGAUCGUUGGACGGCGCACACCUCUCGAAUUACUUCACUUGCCUGGAACGAAGACAAUGACCACCUGACCAGCGGGUCAUUGGAUACCAACAUCUUCGUCUGGAGCUUGUCCAAGCCCGGCGACUGGCUUCAGGUGUCUAACGCUCACAAAGAAGGCGUGAACGGUGUUGCCUGGAUCGCCGGGGGAUCUAAGAUUGCCUCAGCCGGUGCUGAUGCGGCAGUUAAGGUGUGGAAAGUGGAAGGUCUCAAUUAG